AUAAUAAUGGGAAACAUCCCCCUACCGCCGGGCAGUGGUAUUUUCCCCUUGCGACCCCGCCUCUGUAAAGAUCUGCUGACAACUGAGGCAAGUGGACGGCUAUGGUUACCAUUUUGGCUCUGCCAGGAAUAAAAGGUGUCAUUUUUAGGUCGUUUGUGGAUCCAAAAUGAACGGCCAUGCAAAUAGGCUUUCAUCAACAAGCGGCAGGCCUAGUUGCUAGGAUGCGAUGGACUUUGUUACUGAGGCGACCCCUAUCUGACGCAUUUGCCUUGCAUGCUCUCAUGAAUGGAUAACCUACUUCUGACCGUAGAAGGUGGAAUGCUGUCAUUUGCAUCAACGAAAAGUAGUAUCCGGAAAUAACUGGCGGUAUGCAAUAUGUGAAAAGAACUCUGCAUAGGCUAUCGUUUUAUCUGUUUAACCAUGGCGUCUGAAUGCACUCAAGAGUCUGUUUUGCGUUUCCUAAUUGAAAAAGGAGGGCGAGUAAAAAAUAGAGAACUGAUUGACCACUUCAAAGUUACCGUUUCGCUUGAUCCUACGACGAAAACGACAUUCAAGGAGACAUUAAAAUGUUUUGUGGAUAAUGUGGCUUUUGUUAAACAGGAAAAUGGAGAAAAAUUCGUCUGCUUGAAGAAAAAAUACAGAGAGGGGGUAACGCGAACAGUCGAGAGGGAUGAUGGAGAAUGCAAUGGAAAUGGUCUCCCUGCUGAUGCGAUUUGUCCAUCCGAGCGGAAUGAAAGCAGUGCUAUCAAUGGUGCUAUAGGCCUGCAUGAUCUGGACAACGGUAAUGAGCCCUCGAAAUUGGAAGAACUCUCUGAAAAUUGUUUACAAAACAGAACGUCGAAUUUGAAUAUGGCUUUAGACCGGUCUUCUAUGGAAAACGGGGGUCGUUUGAGCUCGGCUGCUAAUGAUGUUGCAGAGCAAAAAGUAUCUGAUGUUAAAUCCGUCACAGCAAGGGAUAAAGUGUCCGGAGCAGCUUAUGAAAAAACAGCGGACGACAGUGUUUCACACAUCGCUUUGAGCGAAGGUAAAAGUUUAAUUACACAUAACGAGUCCAACACUUCUGAAAUGUCAAAUUUAGAUAUGACUCUAAAUGAUAGCCCUAUACCUUCAUCUGAAUUAUCCGCCACUGAAGUUGCAGAUGGAUUAACUGAGGAGACAGCUCCCUCCCUUCAGUCAUCUGUCAACCUUGACAUGUCCGCUAACGAAAUCGAUGCUGAGCCUGUUGUCAGAGGACCGACAAUUCCCGUAUGUCGUCGUCGGACCUCAAGAGGCUCUCAAAGAAGUUUGCUAGCGUUUUCGGAAGACGGGAUGAACGAAGGGGUGUUUGAUUUGGCAAAUAGUGGCGAUAGCAACACCCCAAAAAGCAGCAGAAAGAACUUUAUUGAACUAAUGAUGAGCAGCUCACCCCAAGUCCGGCGCACCCUUGUUCACAGAAACUCACAAAGUAACCUUGCGGUAAGAAAUAGGGACUCGGUAAGAAGCGAGGGAGACACAGUUUCUUUGCUUUCCUCAACCGAUGAGGACUGCACAACAGUGAUGUUGGACCCCCUGGAACACGAGUGGAUGAUGUGCGCAUCUGAUGGACAGUGGGAGAGUCUUCAGCGGCUCCUGGUGUGUGAUCCAAGUCUGGUUACAAAGAGGGACUUUGUAACCGGAUUCACUUGUCUGCACUGGGCAGCAAAGCAAGGCAAACAAGAACUUAUGGCCAAGCUGGUCAGUUUUGCAAAAGAGCAUGACAUUCCAGUCAAUAUUAAUGCCCGCUCCAGUGCAGGGUACACCCCUUUGCAUCUUGCGGCCAUGCACAGUCAAGUUGAAGUGAUGAAGUUGCUUGUGGGUGCCUUUGAUGCGGAUGUGGAGAUGAGGGACUACAGCGGUAAAAAAGCCUCUCAGUACCUCAGCAGUAAUGUGGCAGGGGACAUCAAAGACAUCGUUGGGCCCUGCACGGACUCAGACAUAGAGAAUGCAGAUAGUGGAACUGGGCGAUGGAGACUGCACAAAGUUCUGCCUUCCAACCUGAACCCACUCAGGCUGCUUAAUCACCCUGAUGAUGCACAGGGUGAGAGUGGUGCUGCAGGGAAGCCCAGAUCUCUAUACAGAAAAGCCUCCAUCGGACGGAUCAAGCUGAACAGAAGCAGAUUCAAGACCCAGAUUGUCCACAGCACAUCGUUCAGAGAAACGGAUGAAGGAGAAGGCUCCCUGAAGAGUCCAGCCAAAUCCAGACCGGUGUCAAACCUCUUUGGAUGAACUUACACACCACAGGCUAUGGCUGUUAGAAUGCCUUAACAUGAAGUUGAUGGCAUGUGCUUAAUUCUUGAUCACCCGAUGGAUUAGAAUUGUGAAAAUCCCACUAACUUUAACCCAGUAUGUCACACAAUGAUGCAUUGUUCCUAAAUGAAUCCUUUGGUCUGCUAAUGCACUUGUCUGUUGAAUAUUUGUGAACUAAUUUAUCCAAGCGCAGUAAAUCUAGUAAAUAUUUUUUAAGGAACAGUUGAACGGUAGUAGGCUGCACUUGCCACUUUUAUAUAAACUUGUGACUUGAGCCAAGUAUUUAAUAAUAAUGUUAUGAAGACAUUCAACCCAUGUGAUAACCACUUACAUAGAGAAGUAGGUUCAGUCUCACUAUGCAGUUAGCCACUCUGGCGUUUGCACUUUGUUUUUGGUAUGGAUUUGUACAACUGUAAAGACAGUUUUCAUUUAUUGUGGACAUUUACCUUUCUGAAUAUAUAUAUACACUAUCCAUAAAAUGGAGUGCAUUGAAGGCUGUUUGUUUGGAAUCCCUUGCCUUUAGCUUGAAUUUCCCUGUACCUUAUAUGUAUUGUAAUAUGUAUGGAAUCAAUCUUAGACAUUCACCUUUUACACCAGGUUGAUUCAGAUUGUUUCAUUGAAUUCAGACAUUCCGCAACAUUGUUUCUUCAGUUUGAAACAUGGUCUGCAGUUACAGUGUUGUACUGUGGACAGACACAAGCCCAGUUUGAUGAAACCUCAUUCAAGCUGUUUCAAGCUGCUACUUGUUGUCUGUAAAAGUCAAAAGUCCUUUUUAAGGAUUUUAAGGAAUCAAGCAAUAUAGCUUUGUGAUAAUCAUUUAUGUGUGGUGCUUUUACAUGGCCAGUUUUAGAACAUAUGUCUAUGUUAGUGUUGUCUAUGGAAAAUGGAGACUAUGCCAGAUAUGUGAGAUAAAUGAAGCCAUUUUGUCUGACCUCAUAUCUAUUCCCUUUAUUUUACUAAAUAAAUAUAUCAUGUGAAACUAC